AUGCAUAACAGAAACAAAACUAGCAAAUCAUAAAUGCAACCCUUAAUCUAAUUGUCUAUUGAUCUAGGAAAUAGUAAAUGCGAUAGGAUUGUCCUUUAUAAAGAGACUGAUCCCUAUUUAGAAGCUAGAUAAUUCGUCCAAAGAAAUCAUCUGCCCUAAUAAAUGGUUAAAGUAAUAUCGAAUUGCAUUAUUAAACAAAUGAAAGCCUAUGAAGAUAUGAUGAUGAUAACGUAUGACACUCAAACAGAAACUAAUUAUCUGAGAAACUUAAAAUCUAAUCAUAUUGAAUUAUAAGCCAAACAAAAAACUCCAAGUCCACAAAGAUUUCAUCCAAGCCCCAAAAUAAUACAUAAACAGAAUCUAUCCAGAAGUCCAUCCAAUAUAUCUUUGUAAGAUGAACUACCUACUGAUAAAGUAGUAGUGAAGAAACUAUUCUAAGUUUUAGAUUCUGAUUAAGAUGGAUUGAUCUCUGCUAAUAAAGUGAAUUAUUAGAAAUUACCCAUCUAGUUAAAAAAUAGAGUAAAUUUCAUUAGUCUAAUCUAGAUUUCCAUUCAUUUGGAACAAUCAUCUAUACCAUUUGAAUUUGAAGAAUUGUAUGAUAAAUUGAAGAAUGAUCCAUAAGAAGAAUAUUUUAUUACUUUAAAACUGAUAAGCUAAAUUUUAGACAUUCCAAAGGUCAAAGUAUUAAUGUGA